CUUGUCAUUUAUAUAGUCACGUGGGGAUAAGAAAGGCAGGUAUAAAGUUAAAGAUCAGUGGCGAACGUUACCAAGUGUUUUGGUACUUAAGAGUAGUCCAAAAUCGAAGGCUAUUCUUCCUAUUUCAAGUACAUGGUGACAAGAUAGGGUGACAAAGGGAAACUAGCGUAACCGCACCUAGUUGUAGCUGCCAGAAUGGCGAAUUUUAGUACAGUGCGUGAGAGCAAGAGAUCGGACAUGAAAAGGCAAAAUAUUCGGCAUGAAGAUUCCACGAACCAGAUUGCAAUGUGUAAGCAGAUCCAUGGCUGGUGGAGACUUGGUCUCAUCUUGGGAACACCGAUAUUAGCACUGCCGCUCCCUCUUGUGUUACAAUCUCCAGAGUCGCGCUGUGGGUAUGUCAUGAUCAUUAUGGUGGUGCUGUGGUUGACGGAAGCGCUCCCCCUAGCGGUGACGGCGUUAUUCCCCAUGUGUCUCUUUCCCGCUCUUGGGGUCAUGAAGUCAAGUGAAGUUGUGCAGAAUUAUAUCAAGGAUGUCUCUAUGUUAUUCAUGGGAGGUAUGGCAGUUGCCGUAGCUAUUGAAAGAUGGAACCUCCACAAGCGGUUUGCUCUUGGUAUUCUUCUCUUAGUAGGAACAAAGCCAAGAUGGCUGAUGCUUGGCUUUAUGAUACCAACCUGGUUUCUUUCCAUGUGGAUAAGUAAUACAGCCACGGCCGCCAUGAUGUUGCCAAUUGUACAGGCGGUUCUAAACCAACUGCGGGAUCACAAGACAGAAGCAUCUCCCCUCACCGAUACUGAGACGGAAUCUAUUACUAUGGCAAGUGGGUCUGCCGUAGAAGACGAUACCAGUGUAUCACCCCCAGAGUGCAGAGCAGGGGACGAGGAAAGCAGUUUUACACUGACAGAAGAAGACGCUAUAUCGGAGAGGCCUUCUGUGUCGGGGAAAACGGAUUCUCGCCUUUCCAAAGCUUUCUUGCUGGCCAUUUGUUACGCUGCAAACUUCGGGGGGACGUCAGCAAUCACCGGAACAGCCGCCAACUUUGUUCUCAAAUAUGAAGCCGACAAAUUGUUUGGAGAGCACGGAGAGCAGUCUGGAGUCACUUUCACCUCCUGGAUGGCGUUUGCAAUGCCGAUUGCGUUGAUAAAUAUGACAAUUGGGUGGCUGUGGCUACAGCUACUUCACAUUGGAUUCAGAGAUUGCUGUAGCAAGAAUGACGAACAGUCCGCUGCCGUUCGUAAUGUUAUCAGAGAAGAAUACAGACAACUAGGAAAGAUACAGUUUGCAGAGUUAUCGGUUUGUGCCCAUUUUGUUGCUAUUGCCCUCUUGUGGUUGACACGUGACCCGGGGCAGGCCGGAGGCUGGGGUGUCAUAUUCCUGGACGGAUAUGUGUCAGACGCCACCCCGGCCAUCCUCGUCACCUUGUCGCUGUUUGUGUGGCCUGCAUCACUUCCUCAUAAAAUACCAGGCGAAUUACCAAACCAGAAACGAAUUAAAAGAUAUGUGGCUUUGUUAGACUGGGGAACCUUUAAUGCCAAGAUGCCGUGGAACAUUGUGAUCCUACUUGGCGGGGGGUUUGCGCUGGCUGACGGCACUGUGAAAUCUGGUCUGUCAGCGUCAAUUGGACAGAGUCUGGAGCUUUUAAACCCGUUGCCUGAUUGGCUGGUGGUCUUACUGGUGUGCCUUUUGGUGUCCUUCGCAACCGAGGUCACCAGUAACGUAGCAACCGUUACUAUGCUCAUGCCAAUCCUAGCGGAGCUGUCGGUAACAAUGGGAACUCAUCCCUUGUAUGUCAUGUUCCCAGCCAUUUUAGCAGCCUCGUUUGCAUUUAUGUUACCCGUGGCUACUCCUGCCAACGCUUUGGUAUUCUCGUAUGGCCAUCUUCGCAUUUGGGACAUGGUGAAGAAUGGGUUGUUUAUGAACACUGUUUGCCUGGUCACAUUGAUGGUCUGUAUCAACACGUGGGGAUGGGUUCAACUGAACCUUGACAACGUCCCGUCUUGGGUCGGCAAAAGACCUGUAGUGAACAUGACGGUUGCGCCAUCUACAGUGCAAACAUUCAACGCCACUGACGUAUUAUAUUUAUGACGAUUCAGCGACAUUUAGGAAAACGGCGACUUUUUUUGAAGGAACAGUAUGUUAAGAAUCCGCACAGGCUGGAUUUCCGAAACAUACACACGCACAAACACUCGAACAAAAACAUAUUUGUUAAGAGAAAUUAUUCAUUAAAUUAGGAAAUGCUCAACCGACUGAAAGAGUUUCCAGUAAAGAAUUCAUACUUGAUUAAGUUUCUUUGGGGUAAACGGUAUAUUUCUCCGACUAACCAACCCUUGACCUCUCUUUCCUCUACAGCAAUCUGAGUAAAUGAAAAACUCUUAAACCUUAGUAAACUGCGGGUUUUCAAGUAGGGUUUGUCACAUUCCGCCAUAAUUAUGAGCAUUGACUAUCAGGUUGCCUGAGAUUCAAAACAGUGUCAAGAUGGAAUUUUCAGACAGUUGACAAUUAAUUAAACUAUUUUUGGUGACAUUAAUUCAUGGCAUU